AUGCAUCAGUUAGUUCCGGAACUAAUAGCAACACAGACCACAAUGUUCAAGCUGGUGGUGUUGUUUGUAGUACUCGCCGUGGCGGCCGGUAGCCCCCAAGCUCUGUGGGGCGGUGGCUUCGCAACACCCUGGGCUACACCCGUGGCUGCAGGAUUCGCCGCUCCCUUCGGUUCACCUGUCUUCAGUCCCUACAUCGCACCAGCAGGACCAGUCGCACCCAUCGGCGCACAUAACUACAGGGGUCCGCUGUCCCUUGCCCCCGGCCAACCUGCUAACAUUCUGGCUGCUGAUGGCAGGCCCUUGGAUACCCUCAGUGUAAAUCUGGAUCGGGCUGUUCAUUACACCGCAAGGGCUCUUGAGGGUAAUGGCCGUAGGUUGCAAAAGAGAUCGAUUGUUGCUGCUAACUUGGCUGGUGGCCAAUUUGGCGCUGGUUCGUUGGGUGCCGGAUCUUUGGCUGCAGGACCUUUGGCGGCAACGUCCAUUGUAGCUGCCCCCUUAACCUUGGGUCGCUCAUGGGUUGGCCCAGCUCCUUUGGCUCCUGUAGCAUUGGCAGUUGGCGGUCGUUUCGGAAACAUUUGGUAA